UCGGAAACUCCAUCCAAAUAAAAUCAAAACCGAGCCCUUACUUUUAAAAUCAUCAAAGCCAUCAGUCAAUUUCCAAAUCCGAUUCUUCCAGUCAAGUUCUCGGCGAACGGCCGUUGAGUUUAGUGGCGACGAACCACCGCAUGGCAUCCGCCUUUCCAUUGUUUCUGAUCGUGCUGUUGGCUAGGGUUUGGUACUUAGACGUCCGGCUAGUGACAGCCCAGCCGUUCGUGGCUGACGGCACUGUGAUCGAACUUAAUGAUUCAAACUUUGAGUCUGCUAUCUCCACCUUCGACCACAUCCUCGUAGAUUUCUACGCCCCCUGGUGCGGUCACUGCAAGAAGCUGUCUCCCGUGCUAGAUGAGGCUGCACCAAUUCUUGCCAGACUGAAUCAACCUAUUGUGAUUGCUAAACUAGAUGCUGACAAGUAUCGGAAGCUUGCUUCAAGACAUGAAAUUGAUGGCUUUCCCACACUAAAGCUCUUUGUGCAUGGUGUUUCGAUUGAAUAUAAAGGCCCUAGAAAAGCAGAGCUGCUUGUGCAAUUUCUUAAAAAAUAUGUAGCACCUGAUGUUUCUGUUCUCGAGUCAGCUUCUGCUGUACAUAGCUUUGUUGACGAAGCUGGAAAGCAUUUCCCUAUAUUUAUUGGCUUUGGCUUGGAUGAAUCCUUACUUUCUGAGUAUGGCAGAAGAUACAAGAAAAAGUCUUGGUUUGCAGUAGCUAAAGAUUUUUCAGAGAAAAUAAUGGUAGAAUAUGAUUUCGAAAAAAGUCCUGCAUUGGUAGCCAUUCAUCCCAAUUACAAUCAACAAAAUGUUUUCUAUGGCCCUUUUGAAGGACAUUUCUUAGAUGAUUUUGUUCGUCAAAAUCAAUUGCCACUCGUUGUUCCCAUCAAUUAUGAAACACUUAAGCUGUUGAACAGUGAUGAUAGGAAAAUUGUUCUUACAAUUGUGAACGAUGAGUUGGAUGGUAAAUCACGGGAGCUAUUUAAGAUUUUGAGAUCUGCUGCAACUACCAAUCGUGAUUUGGUUUUUGGUUUUAUUGGAGUCAAACAGUGGGAAGACUUUGCGAACUCAUUUGAUGCUAACAGAAAUACAAAGCUUCCAAUGAUACUUGUUUGGGAUGGCAAUGAUGAAUAUGAAUUGGUGGAAGGUUUGGAGAGCCUGAACAGUUUGGAGGAUCAAGAAUCUCAGAUUAUCCAGUUUCUUAAAGGUUACAGGGAGGGAAGAACGAUUAAAAAGGAAGUCAGUGGCCCUUCUUUUCUAGGCUUCAUAAACUCUCUUUUUGGCAUAAAAACUGUUUGCCUGUUUGUCUUUGCGGUAGCUUUUGUGAUUGGUAUGCGUAAAUUGGCAAAACGAGGGGACGAUGAGCUUCACAGAAGACAAACUCAAACAGAGGCUGAAGAUCUGAACAGGCAGGAUUACCAGCCUGGAGAUAAGGAAGAGUGAAUUAAGAACCUGUUCUGCUGAUGAAGAAGCUGUACAAUUACUGCUAUCAAGAAAUCAUUUAUAUCCUGAUGCGUUUUGCUUCAGAAUUGUCUUCAAAAUUCUUGGAUUUACACUACUAGCACCAUUCAUGACUCAAAAUAGGUUAGAAUAUCCUUCCGUAAUUUUUUUUUUUCUAUUUUUUGGAAGAGAUUUUAUUAAUGUUUCAGAAGAACUAACUGUACCUUUCAUGUUUACUGGAAAGAUUUAGCACGCCAUUAUCAUU